AUGUAUUCUGUAGAAUAUUUUAUUUUUGAGGUGAGUCUGUUGGAAAAUUACUGUCGUCAUGCAAUGUCUGUGGGCCUGGGGCAGUGCAAGAGCAGUAUAAAAGCAGGUCCUUCUCCUCACUCUCUCAUCCAGUCCUCUCGCCUUCAUCUCCUUCAGUACAAGGUGCAUCUGCAGCCCCAAGCCAUGUCCUGCUACACCCCGUGCCGGCCCUGCCAGCCCUGCGGCCCCACCCCGCUGGCCAACAGCUGCAACGAGCCCUGUGUCAGGCAGUGCCAGGACUCCACCGUGGCCAUCCAGCCCUCGCCCGUGGUGGUGACCCUGCCCGGCCCCAUCCUCAGCUCCUUCCCACAGAACACCGCCGUGGGAUCCUCCACCUCGGCUGCUGUUGGCAGCAUCCUCAGCUCUCAGGGAGUGCCCAUCAGCUCCGGGGGCUUUGGCCUCUCAGGCUUGGGCAGUGGCCUCUGUGGCACGAGGUGCCUCCCCUGCUGAAGCUGCUGGUGACGGCCCUGGGGAAGGAAGCCAGGGACUCCCAGGAUGGAACCGCCCUGGGGACCCAGCACCGGCUUGUUGCUUCCUGAGGGGCUGAGCAAGCCCAGCAGCCCUUGCAGAAGGACGGGGCCAGCCUGGGCUCUUGGGAAGCACAGCCCAUCCCUGCCUCUGCCCUCUGCCUCUCUCUCCUUUCCCUCCUGUGUCCCUGCUCCCUUGUGCUCCCCUGGGCUGUGAGCCCCACACAGCCAUCCUGGGGA